AUGCUUUUUCGAUGGCUGCUGAUUUUGAACACAAAAUGGAAGAUCAUUUUCAUGGAGGGAUACGGAAAAAAUCCAGAUCUUUCGAGUAAGUCGAAGUUGAUCCAAUUGAAAAGCUGUGUCACGGGAAGAGCUCAAUCGUUAUUACGCGGACUCCAAAUCACCAGUGGCAACUACAAGGUUGCUUGGAAAAUUCUGGAUCAUAACUUUUUGAGCAAUGCUCGUCCACUGGAUGAGAUCGAGAAACGAUUCAGAAAAGCAAAGAUUGAUCAGCAUGAUUUUGAACAGAUGAAACUGGACAUUGGAAUCAUUACAUCUCUGGUGUAUGACAUGAAAAAUCGUGGACUGAACGUAGAUACUCCAUCGAUUUAUCAAUCGAUUAUUGGGAAAUUGCCAACUUCUAUUGCAGAAGACGUGCUCAUCAAAACUCAGAGCUCCAAGUUCCAUGGUGAAUUCCACAAGGUAGAAAGAUGGAUCGAUAGAAAGAUCAAUGCCAAAAUGGCUAUCAACGAGUAUCGAGACGAAAAGAAAGGUCAGAAGAAGUUGGACCUGGAAGAUGAGGCAAAUAAAGUCGAAGAAUGGACGGAUGGUGAUGAUACUUCAGAAGAUGGGUUUUGGAACGAGGCGAGUCGAGCUCGUCUCAUUAGAGACUUGUUCGUCAACAAAAUUCGUACUCCACGGGGAGCAAAUGAGCCAGCCGUGACGCCUGUUGGCAAGGAUUCCAAAAAAAAGCAGCAUCAAAAACUGAACCACCAAAAGAAAAUAUUUCGGGAAGAAGAAUUCAAUAUGAAAUUGAGCAACUCAGCCAGAAAAGAGAAUGCUCUAUCAAAAAUUGGAACCUAUAGUACUGAUACAGUUGAGAAUAGUGUUCACGGCAAGAGACGGCCAAAAAAUGUCAAAAUUGGAGUUGCUUAUCAUGACGUUGAUUUUGUCUCCAAAAAUAAAUUUGCUAUUGAGAUAAUUGUGACCAAGAAAGAUACUAUCCCAGAAAAGGCUACCGUGAACCGAGAUGUCCCUACGUGCCAUCUUUUUGGGGCCGGGAGUGUCGCGAACUCGGAGAAUAAGAAAUAUUCUUCUCUUCACGACUUUCAUAUUUGUAUCUUUUCCCGUUUAAUUCCACAAUUAUCUCUGUUAAAAGUCGUCAUCUGCAUCGCCUUCACACCACGAGACGCCCCGGGACCGUUUGAAUUGCCGCCAUCUACCGUACUCCACCUGCACAUCUAA